UAGACAGAAGAGCAAAGCGGGGGGACACGACAGGAAGACACAGAGGGGAAAGACGGGGCAAGAAAGCCAGAGGAGAGAGGAAGGGGACACAUAAUGAGAGGAGAAGAAGAAGAAACUCAUUCCAGCUGUUUCUGUCACAAAUAGAGCCGUGAGAGCUUCUUCACAUUGAAGAAUUUUUCCGCUGCACGCCAAGGGAACAAACGUUUGCUUCUGACAUUUUUGUCUUUCUGGUUCUGUUUGUUUGUUUUGUGCAUCAAAAGCUUCUUGAACUUGUCAUUUGAGGAGUUUCAAACAUGAGCGCAGACAACUCGACUCUGCUGGACAACUUGUUGUUUGCCCCUAUGUGCGAUGGCUGGAGCAACAACACAGAGGGAGCCAUGUACCAUUUGGGUAACACCAUCCUGUUCCUGGGCUACAUGGGAGGCAGUGGGGCCUAUGGGUGCCUCUUCAUCUUUGGCUUCCUGACUCCAGCCUUCGUGUGCCUGACCUUGUGGGGUUGGAUGACCAUGUGUGGCCUGGACGUCUUCACCUGGAACCUGCUUCUGCUGCUGGCCUGCCUUGCUCAAAUCUGCCACCUCCUUUACCGGCUGCAUCAGGAGGGCAUACGCAAUGAAGAGCUGACCUCCCUCUACCAGGCGGUCUACCUGCCGCUGGGCGUGCCUGUCCAGGUGUUCAAGGAGAUAGCGAGUGCUUUUGAGAAUAAGGUGGUGGAGCUGAAGGCAGGAGAGACGUACGCUGUGGAGGGCAAGACGCCCAUCGACCAGCUCUCCUUCCUGCUGUCUGGCAGGAUCAACGUAUCUUUGGAGGGCCAGUUCCUGCACUACAUCCACCGUCACCAGUUCCUCGACUCUCCAGAGUGGGAGUCUCUCAGACCAAACGAGGAGGGAAAGUUCCAGGUGACCCUGACAGCAGAGGAGGACUCCCGCUACGUCUCAUGGCGUCGCCGGCGCCUUUACAUGCUGAUAUCCAAGGAGCGCUACAUCGCCCGCCUCUUCUCCAUCAUGCUAGGCUACGACAUCGCAGAAAAGCUCUACAACCUCAACAACAAGCUCUACAUUAAGAGCGGCGUGCUGCUGGACAUCCGCCUGCCCAGCCUCUACCACGUGCUGGCCCCCUCAUCGCAGGGCAGUGAGGGCGGCAGCUGCAGUGAUGGUGGCAUCGCCAAGGAGCAACAACCCGAGCAGCAAGGCGAAGACCAAGCACCAGCCUAUGAGAAGUCCAAUCCAGUCCAGUCUCAUCCUCUCCAGCCGCACCUGCAGGGACCAAGGAAGACCCACCUGGACGAACCCCGGGCCCCCCAGCACGACCGUUAUCAGCACCCCUGGGCGUCAGACCCGGAGCUGCCCUCUGGUGAGGACUCCACCAGCCUCGUCCUGGAGGACUUUGCUGAUGUGGCGGGCUCCUUAAUGGAUUAUGGCAGUGAGAGGGAUUAUUUGAGGUAGAGGGGCAGGGGGCUGGAGCUAACACACUGGGUCACCACUUAAGCUACAUGAGGUGACAGUGACGGGAAUCUACCACCUCGAUUUCAGAGGGGCAGAGCGCCGCUGGCUCCCACCGACACUCCCAAACUGUGAGAACAGCCUCUCCAGGGAAACACUAUGUUAUUUAGAGUAUCGCAGUAUGAACGUGCCACAUGUCACUUGUUAUGACACUGUCUCCUCCUCGAUCUCUGUCCCUGUUCUCACCUCCGAGCGUGUGUGAGCGAUACUAAAGCCAAUACUGAUAUUGAUUUCAUCAAUCAAUAUUUGGGGCUUAUUUUUAUCUACGUGUUAAUCUUAUAGCAGGCCAGUUUAAUGCCCAAAAAUGACAAAUGUUUUUUGUUGCCUAAAAGUUUUCUUGGCGUGAUGUGGAGGCUCUGAAGCAGCAUUUAGGCGACGAUGAGGCUCUGAAAUCUGCAUCAAAAUCUCUCGACUGCUCUGAAAAGCAGAGGAAUCCCCAUCGUAUCUAUUCAAUUCAUGUGAAAGUUCUGGAUAUUUUAGCAUUUAAAUGAAGAUGUAGUUUAUAAAAUCUAGAAUUUAAGAAUGGGGAGGAUCAUUAGUUGGUACAGGCUGCGUUUCUGUGUCUGUCAUAAGAGAGAAACCUCUGUCCAUUUAAAGAUGGACAUGUUGACUUGAUCCAACAAGUAAUAAACUGGCAACAAUCACUCAAAUGCUAAUUUAAAUAAUUAUCACACCAUGUUAACUGGCACUGAGACAGGAAAUAGAGGCAGCCUUCACUUUGUCACUUAGCAGCACGUUUAAUGUCUGAAACGUUAUUUUAUGUUAUAAAAACUGAUUUGAUGUUUCUGAAACAGAUGAAUUUGGUUUUCAUCUCACUAAUGUUUGAUGUUGGAACUUUGACUGUUUGAUCUUGACUCGACUUCACGUGGUUUCAUGUUAAAUUUGACUUUUGAUGUUUGUUUCAUAAAUCACUUAUUGUCAGCAUUGCAAAGAGUUUUGAUUUAACUAAACACAUUUAACUACACAUUUUCUAGAUCUGACUAAUUUAGACAAAUGUAGUCAGAAAUUUCAUGUGGUAUGAACUGAUAUGAUGUAAAACUUAAGGGAAAGAUAAUAUAAAAUUAAAAGAAAAUAUUUAGUUUUGCAUAAUUCUCAAGGAUUUUCCAGACCUGUGCGUGAACAAUUCCGGUACAAAACCUGCAAGCUGGCAGUGUAGAUUUUCUCUAUUUCACGUUCAUGUUUUGUUGGGCUUGUUUAGUUUAUUUAAAUGCAACGUAACUUGGUUCGGUGUCAGAAAUGUUUGCUGUCAGACGCCAAAUUCAUCUGAAGGACGACUUCUUACUCCUUGUUUGGCGACAUAUUGGAUGUUACUAGACCAUUUUUUUUGUAACUAAUUGAAUAUUUAAUACACACAUGUAUACUGUGAAUUGCAUUACUUGUCUGUUUUUGUCUUCCAAAGUACAGAGAUGGGACUAAAAGUUGGUGGUUUAAAAACAGGAUUUUCGUGGGGCCAAGAUUUCUCCAUAAAGCUCUUUGUGUGCAGUGAACAUGUAGUGUGUUUUCUGUGACUGUCUACAGUUCUUCCACUUCACACUGAGCUUAUAUCACCCUGAUUAUAUUCAAAAUUAUUUAUGUAAUAAACCCAAAAAGCCAAGGCACACUUCAUCAAGAUACAAAAGUUAAAAAUCAUUUUGUAGCUACAUGAUAUUAAACAACACAU